GUUUGUUUCAUCGCUCGCGGUUGCGCUCCUCUUGGCCAAUCUCGGCCCUAUGCUUUCUUUCGUGCGCGUGUGACAAAUGACGUUGGGUUGUUCAUUUGCUUUCCGCUUUCAGUACUACUUUUUAUUUUGAAAUACAUAUGUUUAUAUUAAUUCUCAAAGUGUACACUAUCAUCCUACGUGGAAAACUGUUUGCGAAUAUGGUUAAGAUAUAAUGUGCUGCGUUAUAUGUAAGUGAAGUGAUAGUGCAAUUUUGGAGGUAAAAUGCCCGCUUCCAUUUGCGACCCUGUAUCAAGCGCAUUGCGUUUGUCUCUCGCCGCAGAUGAAUCCCAGGGUUCGUCUUUGCUGGACAGUAGACUGUAUUCUUCUGCAAAAAGUGUGCUCCUCUCAAAGAUAGAAUUCGAAGAAUCAGGCGAUUAUCAGAGCAACGUUCUCGAUGGACUGAAAUCUAAAUACGUGGUCAUACGACCUAAAAAACCAGUGUUGGACAGUAAACUACUUAAAAAAGACGGAAAUGCAACGAACCAGGCAUCAGAAGGAAACAAAAGUGAAGAUGGCUUACCAAAGCCAAAACGUGUAUUGUUUCCUGUCGAGAAGCUCCAAUUGGGAUGGCAGGGUUCCUGGUCAGCAGGCGCCGGCAUGCAAAAUGUUGGGAACACCUGCUACCUGAACUCCACCCUACAAGCACUCUUUCAUGUUCCUGCUUUUGCCAACUGGCUUAUUUCUGAAGGAGCUCAUGCAGAAAAAUGUAAUCAACAAGAAGCUUGUGUCAUUUGCGGCAUGCGCGCGACAUUGAUAGCCACACAGAAGAGUGGCGGAGCCCCCAUCAAACCGUGGCAGGUUUAUUCCAAACUGAGAAUAAUUUGCCGGCACCUGACACCUGGCAGACAGGAAGAUGCUCAUGAGUUCCUCAGAUAUCUGGUGGAAGCCAUGGAGAAAUGUUACCUGUCACGGUUUAUCAACUCUGACAAACUUGACCAGUACAGUAAGGAGACAACUCCCUUAAAUCAAAUCCUUGGUGGAUAUCUGCGCUCCACAGUGCGGUGUCUUGCAUGCCAUCACCUCUCGACAACUUAUCAGCAUUUUCAGGACCUGUUAUUAGAUAUAAGGAAGCAUUCUACGUUAGAUGAGGCACUAGAUUCAUUUUUCUCAAGAGAAAGGCUUGAAGACUUAGGGUAUAAAUGUGAAGCAUGUAAUAAAAAGGUAUCAGCAACAAAACAAUUUUUCGUUGAGCGUGCACCGAUGGUGCUGUGCAUUGCCUUGAAGAGAUUCUCCUUAGCAGGGGGAAAAUUAUCUAAACAUGUGCAAUUUCGGAAGAAGAUAUCCCUCAACAAAUACAUGUUCAACAAGAAUAACCAUCAACAAUUGUCAUACAAGCUGGUGAGCCUGGUGACGCACCUGGGCCCCGGGCAGAACUGCGGGCACUACACGGCGCUCGGGCAGGCGCCGGGCGGCCAGUACUGGCAGUUCGACGACAGCUCCGUGCGCGCGCUGCCGCUGUCCGCCGUGCUCGCCACCAACGCCUACAUCAUGUUCUUCGAGAAGGACGACGCGCCCUACGGGCCUCAGACACCCGCCGACCGGGACAAGAGCCCCCUCAAGCUCACCCUCUACCGCGACAACAAACCCAACAGCACCUCCACCGAACCCAAGCUCGACCGGCCUAUCAUCCUAAACAGCACCCUGAGCAAAGCGGAAACCUCGGACUCCAACACCGAACCUUGGGUGCUCAAGCAGAACGGGGAGGUGGAAAAAGUAGCACAACCCCCCAAAAUCACGAUAGACAAGACGGGCCCCAACAGAAUAAGCUUCGUCGUGAAGAGUCAAAACGGCGACGAGGACUCCGCGACGCGGCGGCACAAGUCGAAGAGCGACCCGGACCUCAGGUCCGUUCCUAUAAUUAGAACCACCCCCGACAAGUCCCCCGCCUCCACGAGUAAACUGGUCAGGCCUUCGAAAUCGCCCCUAGAGAAAUUAGAGGAGCAGAUGAAUAAGAACGACUUCUCCAACCAGAUUCCGAGAAACGGGAAUUCGAAGCUGGUUCCUUACGAUUCGGAGUCGAGCGGGGACGAGCGGGGCUCGGACAAGGAGGACGAGGGCAGGCCGCGCCGCGCCGCGCCCGGCGUGCUCGGCACCAAGGGCGUGUGGACCGUCUCCAGCGAGACGGGCGGCCCGCUGCUCAGUCCUAGCUUGAACGGCGACACCAUUAAAAAAGCAAAAGAGGCGGAAGAGAGGCGCGCGGAGAACGAGCCGAGCCCGCACACGAGCGUGAGCAGCAUGUCGCCGCUGUCGGACCGCAGCUCGCCCGCCGCCGCGCCGGCGCCCGCGCCCGCGCCCGCCCCCGCCCCGCUGGCCGCGGCGCACGCCGCGCGGCAGCUGCACGCGCUCUCGCACCGCGGGUACGGCGCGCCCGUCGACACGUGGCACGGCGCGCACAGCGCCAUGUCCCGCCAGGUGUUCGAGGAGCGGCGCGAGGAGCGCAAGCGCGCGCACGAGGGCGCGGACGAGAUGGACCGCGGCCGCACCAAGAAGGUCAAGCCCUUCCACCCCUACAACCGGUUCAACAACCGCAACUCCUACAACCCCUUCCAGGAAAAGCAAAACAAGCCCCACUGGGGCGGUGGCGGCGGUGGCGGGUUCAAGUACCGCGCCGACCGCCGGCCGCACCACUUCAACAAACACCACAACAACAAGUACAAGCGAUUCAAUAGGUACAACGGGCACCACUACCCGCGGCACCAUUGACCCCGGCUGGUCAGCUUGUGCUUCACCAUGUACAUAUAGCGUAAAUUUAAUUCCUAGUUUAACUUAUUCUAAGUCCCCACUGUACCGUGUUUCUAUAGGUCUCUCAACUAAGUGUAAACAAACCUUAACGAAACGUACGUUAUACUUAUUACAGAUAGAU